AUGAUUCCAAAAGAACAUUGUUUCCUUCAACCAGUGAAUGUUUCCGAUCAUUUAGAUUUAAUACAUUCCUAUGAAAGUGAAUCAUAUCCUUCCGAUGAAGCAGCCACUUUUGAAAAAUUAAAAUAUCGAUUAUUGAAUGCCAAUGAUGUCUUUCGAGGAUAUUUUUAUCGUUCUCCAUCUUCAAAUGAAUUCACUCCAUUAUUAUUGGGUGAAAUGAGCUCAACAAAGAAUGCCAUUGAAUUCAGUACUGAAACUGACCCCAAUACAUCACAUAAUACAUCAUCAUUACAACCACCAUUACAACCAUCACAUAAUACAUCAUUAUUACAACCACUACUGAUUGGAUUUGUGUGUGGAACAAAAACCAAUGCUCAUUCUCUGACUCAUCAAAGCAUGUCCAUCAAUGAUCCAAAUGGUAGAACACUUUGUAUUCAUUCAGUGGUGAUUAAAAAAGAAUUUAGAAAUUGUGGAUUAGGUCUUGAUAUGUUACAAUUAUAUUUAAAUUAUUUGAAAGAGAAUUCUAUUUGUGAUCAAGUAUUAUUAAUUACAAAGAAACAUUUAAUUCAUUUCUAUGAAAAGGCAGGAUUUAAAUUGAAUGGUGAAUCUAAUGUAGUACAUGGUCAAGAGAAGUGGUAUGAAAUGUCUUUUAAUUUGAAGAUUUGA